CACCAAAUAUCACUACAAAUUCUCCCUACCAUACCAAUGUGUCCACCAUAUUCUGCGGGAAGUUCAAUGAAAAACAACUUCCAACAUUUCUUCCUCCUCCUAAAAAUAGCUCAAACAUAUUUCUAGGUUUUCCCUUUUUAGACAGCCUAAAUUGCUAUCUAUCUAUUCCCUUUUUAUAUACACCAUUAUAGAUCUACAAACAAAAUUCGUAGGAUUGCCUAAACCAGAAUUUAUAGAUCAAAUUAGAUCUGUAUGUUUAGAAAUUAAAAAGAAAACAUGGGUUGUUUUUCAUGUUUUUCAUCACAAGAAAAGAAGGCAUUCAAAAGAAUACAUAGCAAAAGCAAAGAAAAAUCUGCUGUUGUUCGUCAAGGAGAGACCCUCUUACAACAACGUCCACAUUCAUUGUCGAGGCCAAAGCCACAGCAGGACCACCUGCGUUCUCAUUCACAACCUCUAUCUGAAAAUAUUAGAAAGGUGACAGCACAAGCCACACACCAAAAGUCUUCUAAAAAAGGCGACAGCCAGAACAACAUUGCGGCUCAAACUUUCACCUUCAGGGAACUAGCAACAGCUACGAAGAACUUCCGAUCAGAAUGUCUGAUAGGAGAAGGUGGAUUUGGACGUGUUUACAAGGGUCACCUAAACAAAACUGGCCAGACUGUAGCAGUGAAACAGCUUGACCGCAAUGGAUUGCAAGGGAACAGAGAGUUUCUUGUGGAGGUUUUGAUGUUGAGCCUUCUGCACCAUUCAAAUCUUGUAAAUCUAAUUGGCUAUUGUGCUGAUGGAGAUCAACGACUUCUUGUUUAUGAGUACAUGUCAUUGGGAUCAUUGGAGGAUCAUCUGCUUGAUCUUGAACCAGAUAAACUUCCAUUAGAUUGGUUCACAAGGAUGAAAAUUGCAUUGCAUGCUGCAAAAGGACUCGAAUAUUUACAUCAUAAAGCCAAUCCACCAGUCAUUUACCGUGACUUGAAGUCCUCCAACAUCUUGCUGGAUAAGGAACAUAAUGCAAAACUGUCAGAUUUCGGGUUAGCUAAGGUUGGGCCUACAGGGGAUAACACCCAUGUAUCUUCAAGAGUCAUGGGAACAUACGGUUAUUGUGCUCCUGAGUACCAACAAACUGGCAAGCUGACUAUCAAGUCUGAUGUCUAUAGCUUUGGCGUAGUUUUAUUGGAGCUGAUUACGGGAAAGAGAGCAGUUGAUAUCACGAGAUUUGGGCAUCAGCAGAACUUAGUUACUUGGGCUGAACCCAUAUUCAAAGACACAAGGAGACACAUUGAACUGGCUGAUCCACUUCUUGAAGCAAAUUUUCCAAAGAAAAAUUUCAGUCAGGCAGUUGCUAUUGCUUCUAUGUGUCUGCAAAAUGAUCCAGUAGUACGUCCUCUGAUCAGUGAUGUGGUCACUGCACUCAGUGCCCUUUCAGCACCUGAAAAAGAAUUGAUUUCACCAUUCGCUUCUCCAACUCGAGCACCACCCCUAAUGCAAAUGUCAACUGAUGACAACAUAAUAUCUACGAGAGAAUGCCAACAAGAAGUCGCAGAAGCCAUAGAGUGGGGUUCAAAUUCAAGAAUACAGAAUGCAAGAUCACUAGCAUCUUGCGGUUCUUCAGUGUGACAUCCACAUUUUGGCUUGUCACUCCAUAACAGGAUUAGGUGACAAAGAUGAUCGCGUUGUUUCAGCCCUCCAGAGAUGUUGUUAAGUGAUGGAGGAGAGAUCAUCAAGUGCUACCGCUGUUUGAAUUCUUUAGGAAAAUGAACAACAUAUAUAAAUAGUACUUCAAAUAUUGUGAAUGUUAGAACAAUUACGAAAAUGGACAAUUUGUUACAGCCACUGUAGCAGGGAAUCCGAAGAAAUGACGUUUAUAUAUUGACUGUGUAGAUUCUUUUACGGUUAUCAGUGUAAUUUAAUCUUUGUAGUGUUAAAUU